AUGUCGACUCUCUUUGGCGGCGGCGCCAGCGCUGCGUCCGCGUCUGCCGGUGCGGCGAAUACUACAGGCGACAUCUCAAAAGAUGUAGCUCUCAACCAACCUCCCGAGGAUAGCAUCUCUGACAUGGCCUUCUCACCCGCCUCCGAUCACUUGGCUGUUGCAUCGUGGGAUAAGAAAGUCCGCAUUUACGAGAUUAACGAACAAGGUCUGAGUGAUGGAAAAGCUCUAUUCGAACACGAGGCUCCCGUCUUGAGCUGCUGCUGGAUGGAUCGAAGGUCGUCGGUGCUGGUGCCGACAAGGCCGCCCGCAUGCUCGAUCUCAGGCGCCGGAGCUACGACCCCCGUCCAGGUCGCCGCGCACGAUGCGCCCAUUCGAAGCGUCCACAUGAUCCCCAACCCAUCCGUCGGCGGAUCUCCGCUCCUCAUCACCGGCUCAUGGGACAAAACAGUCAAAUACUGGGAUCUGCGACAGUCGAACCCGAUCGCACAGAUUGAAUGCCAGGACCGCGUUUACACAAUGGAUGUCAAGAACAAGCUGCUAGUCAUCGGCACCGCGGACCGAUACAUCAACAUCGUCAACCUCGACAACCCCACCAAAUUCUACAAGACCAUGCAAUCCCCCCCUCAAGUGGCAGACGCGGGUAGUCAGCUGCUUCGCGGACGCGAGCGGUUUCGCCGUCGGCAGUAUCGAAGGCCGCUGUGCCAUCCAUGUCAUCGUGAAACCCCGCCCGCGAACCGGGACAUCUGCAACAUCUACUCUGUCAACUCGAUCAAUUUCCACCCUGUGCAUGGAACAUUUAGCACGGCCGGUAGCGACGGCACGUUCCAUUUCUGGGAUAAGGAUGCUAAGCACCGACUCAAGGGCUACCCGUCUGUUGGGGGUCCGAUCUCCAGCACUGCUUUCAGCCGCAAUGGCAAUAUCUUUGCGUAUGCUGUUAGCUACGAUUGGAGUAAGGGAUACUCGGCCAAUACCCAGCAGACUACGAACAAGGUCAUGCUGCACCCUGUGGGGCCGGAUGAGAUGAAGCCUCGACCUGGUGGAGCUCGCAAGCGUUGA